AACAUGGUUACAGUUAAGUACAUAAAUCAGACGCCACUGCUGGUGUGAGAGCUGUAGAGGCGCACAGGGGGGCACACAUGCACCUCACGCCGCCGCGGCUUGUCGCUGCUUCUGCAGCCGGUGCAGGGAGGGAGACUUCUCGGCUGUUUUUUUUUCCCUCUCUUUAUCUCACGGAAGCGGAAUGGCUUGACACCAGACAACACCAAGUCGUCUUGAUCGGCUCAUGCACGAUGAUUUUCUGACUGUCGGCCUGUCUGUGUCCGUCGGUCUUGCCGCGAAUUGCUGCAGUGCUGUUUUCCAGGUGUUGUGAUGUGCGUGUGUGAGUGCGUGUGUGGACGUGUGUGCAUGGUGGUGGUGGCGGUGGUGGUGGUGGUCGUGGUGCUUGUGUAGCCUGGUGUUAUUCUCUUAAGAAUUGGACUAAGCUGGGAAACGGAGUCUGAUGUCACAUGUGCUUCAUCGGAGGAGACGGGGCAUCUGCAAGCUGGAUUUUGUGGAGGAUGCUGCGGCAAGUGAUACACAGAGGGCUCAAGGCUUCAUUCUACUGGCUGGGCUUAUUUGUUAGCAGGCAUCCCGUUUUCUUCCUCACUGUCCCCGCGGUCCUCACCAUCAUUUUCGGAUCUACCGUGCUGAGCCGUUUCAAGCCGGAGACGGACCUGGAGGUGCUGGUCGCCCCUACUCACAGCCUCGCAAAGAUCGAGCGGAGUCUCGCCAACAGCCUCUUUCCCAUCGACCAGUCGAAGCACAAGCUGUACUCGGAUUUACACACCCCGGGUAGAUAUGGCAGGCUGAUCCUGCUGGCUAAAUCCGGGGGGAACAUCUUGGAGCUGGCUGACCAGGUCCUGCAGGUCCACAAGCAGGUGUGGGAUUUGCGCGUCAAUUACAAGGGAUUCAAUUACACGUUCGCGCACCUCUGCGUCUUGAGCCACAGGGACAAGCGCUGCCUCUUGGAUGAUAUCAUCACCAUCUUCGAAGAUAUCAGGCAGGCUGUGCUUUCCAACAGCACUUUCCAUAAGGUGCCCGUGAGCUAUCCAAACACAACACUAAAGGUGAGGCUUUUUUUGUGCACAUUUCAGCUCCUCUUAGACGCAACCAACCAGGCCUGUGCAUAUAACCACCACCACCACCACCACCCCAACUCAUACACGCAUACACACGACCACAACCAUCAAACAUGUAUAAAAGCAUAUCAUGUCAAAUCUCCCCCCAUAUCUGAGCUGUGUUGGCUGUACAGCAGCAGUCAGUAUAUGAAUAGCAGUGGUUGGCUGGCCUGGGAGCUUGCCAUAUUUCUGAAUGAACGCAGCAGUAUUCGCUCAGGCUGCAGAUUGCUACAUGUAUCAGCCGGCAAGGAAACCCUUUCAAUUACACAGCCAGCCAGCUAUGCAGUUUUCAAUCCCCUCCCUUGUUGGUGCAGGUGAAUUGAUUGGCCAAAUGUAGCCCCUCAGUCAUACAGUCAGUCAGUCAGUCAGUCACACACACUGACACAGACACAGGGAUAUCCUGCUCUCUCUUUUUUUUUUUUUUUUUUUUUUUUGAUGCAGUGUCUCCCUCCCGCCUUCUGCUAGCUGCACAUGCACCAUGACAUGGCUACAGCAGCUAGUCGACUAACAGGUAUCCCGCUCACCUGGAUCUAACCAGCAGCUGUUGGACGGCACAGGUGCUGUUAUAAUCGUACUGCAGCAGUAACACACAAAACAUGUCAAGAAGCUGCAGAUAUACAGGUGCGCAUCCCCCCCGCUGAUGCAUCAGGUGCAGAUGUGCUUUGCCGAUUACGCAAGAAGAUCAGGUUUUGGGGAGAAUGCGAUGCCUCUAGACUAACAUCUUUCACACACGUAGGUUUUACAGCCCAUGUUGUCACUGUAAAGGCUUUUACAUUACAAGGUUAUAGAUUGGUUUGAAUAAAGUGUGUGCUUUUUCUUAACUGUAUGGCACUGAGGCACAUUUGAUGUUUUGGAAUAACAACCACCAGCAUUUGCAACACCAGGCAGUUUGAUCAUAAAGUACAUGUCACUCCACCAUGCCACACACACAUGCAGGGCCUCUAAUGCAUAUUUAAUGUAUCACAAGCCCACUCUCCAGCAUGGCAGGUUGUAACUUCCACUGAGAGCUGCCACAGAUGUUUGAGCCUUCGGCAUUCAUGUCUGUGUGGAAAUCAUAAACUUUUUAGCUUCUAAUACAUUAAAAGGCUUUUUUUUAUUUUAUUUUGGAUGAUACGAGUCAAAUAUACAAGAUGUGAAUUUUGCUUUUUAAACCUCAUAAGUCUUCUUACACCUAUAUUCAAAAUAAUUAACUGCUUCAUCAUGUCAUUUAAGUAAAAUCAUGUCCUCAGACCUUACUAUUAAUACUUGUCAGGCAUAAUCUUGUUUCUCACCAUUAUCUGCAAAGGGUCACAAAUCUGGAGUAAGGCUGUUUUUCUCAGGCGAAAGUUGGCUUUUUGAUCUUUUAAAGGGCGCCAAGUAAUAAACUGUGAGAUAUUAUUAUAUAAUAAAUGUGUGUAUUUUAUGAAAGAGUACACUUGAUCAAAUUUCUAAAUACAGAACCUUACAACAGACUGACAUUAUUGACCUAACUCAGAAAACUGUUUUACUGUCACCUGACAUUUCCUUUAGUAAAAGGAUGCAUAUUUAUUCUCCCUUUUGGACUCAUUUAUGCUUCUGUUUUGAGACAAAAAUAGACCUGUAGCCUUUCAACAGUGUAAUCAUCACAGCCCCCGUAUUUCCAUAUGUCGUUUGCAUUUGAAUGGAUUUUAAGCAAUACUAGAGGGCAUUGCUCUGAGUCAAAACUUACCCCCCAAAAAAGAAGAGUAAAUAGUUUAUGGCCUUAACAAAAAGGGCAAAAUCGGAUGUAGUGUUGCAGAUAAGAAUGGUCUGCAAGUUAAAUAAAUACUUAACAACAUGGGGUGGAGUAUUAAGUUGUUCAAAGUAGGAUGUUGUGUUUCCUGGUCUAUACAGUCCAUGGUUUGAACUAUUAGAACUGUCAAACACUGCCCCAAAAUUUCUUAGAGUUACUGCAACUUCUGUAAAAAAACAUGUAGAAAUAUGAACAAAAUGAAUUAAGAGCACAGCUGGAAGGCUUUUAUCUGUAUGUGUAUAUAAACUAGAGUCUAAAUGAGCCUUUAUAGAGCUCAUUUUGGCUCAUUUAUUGUUAGCCUGCUAACAUUACACAAGUUUGGCUUGCCUGCUAUGCCUUUAAGCUCUUGAGAGAAGGAUUGUGACUGUUUUUCAAUGUUUCUCUGAAGGACAAAGUAUGAUCGGAAACAUGUGAUCACUUAGGAAGAGACUACUGCGCCCUCAGUCAUUACGUUUACAUGACACUUGAGAAAACCGAUUAAUUGCCUUAUUCCGAUUAAGACCGGACAACUGAAGUGCAUGUCAACACCUUAGUUCGACUCCAACCGGAGUUAACUCAGACCUGCUGUUGUUGUUGACCGCUGUAUAGGGUCAGAAACAGCGCCGCUGAAAAGACACAUAUCGCCCCUUAGUUUUGGGGAUGAGGACAUGUUGACGUCAAUUAUUUAAUUUUCUCAGCUGCAUGUAUACAUGAACAAGGAGAGAAGUCCGAUUUGGAAAAAACAACGAAUUAUGGGCUUAGUCCGAUGAAGCUGUGCAUGUAAACGCACUGACAGUUUGGGGAAUUGACCUUGAUGCUACUCCUGAAUCCUCCUGGUCUCUACUGCUCAAAUUCUCAGUAAAAAUGUUGUGGACUUAUUUUCUCAUGAUGAACUGUGAGAAGUCAUGCACAAAACUGAGAAGAAACAGAAGUAUUUCUGUGACAUUUUUACAGAAUUGAAGCUAUUUUUGAGGAGAAAAAGACUUUAUUUUGGAGAAUGUGAUGAUGGUAGAAGUUCAGUCAGCCAGAAAGAGACAGACCAAUUUACUGUGCAAACUAAAAUGAAGGGUUUCUUUCUUGUAUUCAAGACAUGAUUACUUACUUUUUCUUUUUGAAAGAACACUGAAUAUAAUAUUUGUUAUGGCUAAAAUAAUGCUGUUAUUCAUCACUAGUCUCAUAAAAAUGUGCGACAGGGAUGACGUCAUUACUCAGUGUUGAGCGAAAUGACAAGUAGCAUCAAAAUUAGCUUGGCCAAGUAUAUGUACACAUACGAGGAAUUUGACGACAGUAAACUUUGCCCUCUAUGUACAAACAUUAAACAUGAAACAUUACAGAAAAUGUUGCAAAAUUACAAGUAUGUACAAGCUCCAACUAGACGUCGAACUUUUAUAUACAAGACACGAGUGCAAUAGUGCAAUGAUGAGGAGUGAGGAGUGGUUGAGAAAAAAUAUGUCAUUAUGCUAGAGGUGGGUUAUGGACAUGAGGUAAAUAUACAUUAUGUUUCACAUAAUUGAUUUAAUAACUGUGUGCAGAGGUACGUGUCCAAUGGGAGGACUGUUUAUAGAUAAACUGAACAGUUAUAAAAGUCAUUUGCAGUCACAGAGGCUGAAAUGUUUUUAUUCUGUUUACCAUCAAGCUCAGUAUACAGCACUACAUCCAACUCACUAUGAAUAGGGGAUAAGUUAGUGAUUUUUGGACACAACCAUGGUAUCUUUUGAGCCUAAUGACCUAUGAGAGGCUGUGUUACAAGUCUGCGGUGAUCCCUUUUACAGUAUUAAUGCCAAUCUCAUUAAAUUAGUGGUUUUAUAACAGUGCAGCGACUAAAACAAGUAGUUAUGAAUUCAAAGUUAUACAAUUGCUUGAAUUUUUAUUUUUGGAAAGUAUUAAAAUUGGAACACUGUCUACAAAAUUCAGUUUACAUCCAAUUUAUUUUUAAUCUGUACAUGCUUUACUUGGCUUUGGAGAUGGAAAUUGGCUGGAACUGAUGUCACAAGACAAACAGCCAAUGGAUAGAUUUGAUUGUAGCGCAGACUUAUUGAUCAACUGAUAUCAUUGCUGGCAUUCCCUUUAUGAGAUAUUAAAGAUAAAUAAAGAAUUAUUAAGAAGCAAUGAUGUACUGCUUGGUCCAAAAAGACAAGUUUAUGUUUUCUAAUAGUGUCCCAAUUGUUUGCUUCUAAUCCAACCAUAAAAAGUUCAUGUUUUAGGGUGACCAUGUUCUGACUCCCAAAAAGAGGACACGACUACGAGUGGCCGGAGUCGCACGAAAUUAAAUUUGAGAGUUUUUCGGGUCGGAUCGAGUGUCUUUUACGUGCUUCUAACUCAGAAAGUCCACAUGACACAAAAUCGAAACUCUCGUACAAAACCGCAAACAUUUGAGGGAUUUUAUAAACUUCCCCGGACAAAGCCGGACAGCCCCCAAAAAAGAGAACGUGUAAAGGGUAAAAGAGGACGAAUGGUCACCAUAUUUUAGGACAUUCUAAAAAAAAAACAUUUGGUGUAAAAAAUGAACAAAUGAACCUACAGGGUUAGAAGGUGCUAGAAGAGUAUUGUCUCGGCCUGUUGUUGGGUGCCAGAGUAGAGCGAGUUAUACGAAUCUUUCAAAAUAAUUCAUAUCCAAAACAGUUGUGACAGGUGACCCAUUUUGAUUUAUUGCCUACGUUCAGCAUACACACAUUCUUAUUUAACCCCAAUAUGAAUUCCAGUUUUCUGCUCUCAGCUGCCAAUGUGACCUCUUCCUUCUCCUGAUCUCCUCAGGGUGUAUCAGUCACUCUUCCCCCUCCAUGUUCAUGAAUUCUCCUGCUCUCUGUCUGCCUGUCUGACAAGCUGUCUUGGCUAAUUCAUUUGCCUGACUUCUUAUGCCUCAUCCUUCUCUUUGAUGUCACAGCAGGGGUAUAUUUCUGUGCUUGUCAUACAGUCACCGUCGUCUUUAAAGUGUUCUACUUUCUGCUGAGCUGAACUUAAGCUCUGUUCCCACAAGACACCGCUUUAAAUAGCUUUUUUCUUGUUUUCCUCAGUCUGCUGUCUUUUAAGUUGUAUAAUCUAUUUUUAACUCUCAGGUAAAAAUGAAAAUGAAGAAUACAUCAAGGACUGUGAUGGGAUCCACGGGUACACAAUUGGUCAUGUUAAAGCAAAUUACUACAAUAGAAUGGAAAUGUAUGAAGAGUUUAACUUUAUCAAGUGCAUAUACUGCUCAAAAGAUGAAGAGUAACUUCAAGUCAGUCACACUUCCGGGUUAUCGACCUAUCCAGUUAGAAAGCAUCAAUGAUUGUAAAUCAAUUUCACCUGCUGUUGUGCAAAUGGGACAGACAACAAGUGGAUAGGAGAGGCAAUUAGCAAGACAACUGCUGUUAAGGAGUGGUUUACUGGUGGUUGCCACAGACCAUUCCCCUCUUUCCUCUUGUUUUUGGCAGAUUCUUGGUUAGUUUUACAAUUUUUCCAGUGCUCUUGCCACUGGUAGUUGCAUGGGGUCAAACACACCGUAACACCAAGACCCCGUCGAGAGGUGAAUGUUGCCGACCGCUUGUUUCUCUAGUUAUACCAACUACUGUAAAGUUGAGAAGGUUAUACUGUUUUAUGUUUAUGUUGUCAUAGUGACCAAGACCCAGUUUCCCAACUGCCUUAUCGAACCAUUCGGUGCUCUGCAUAACUUUGAAUGCACAAUUUUAUUAUUCCCAAACUCAAUGCUGCACCGCAUUGGUCUAAUCAUACAGCAAACACACACAUGCACAUCAAUCUGUAUGGUAUGCAUGUCCAUGUCCUUUAGAUUAAACUCAAAGUAAAUGGUGAAUCUGUUUCAAGUCAUGGGGUGCAACCAACUUGAUCGAAACAUGCCUGUGUCAAUGGAGCUGAAGGCUUACAUUUUCAAAUCUCUUCCAGGAUGGUCGUGUUUCGUUCAUCGGCCACCAACUGGGUGGUGUGUCCUUCUCGCCAAACAGCAGGGACCAGCAGGUUAAAUUUGCCCGUGCUGUCCAGAUUACCUACUACCUCCGCAACCACGGACCUGUGGUACAGGAUGCCAUUGCAGAGCGCUGGGAGAACGAGUUCUGCGCCCUGGUCAGCCGGCUGUCUACAGCUGAGGCACCGCAUGCAACCGACCAGCUCCACAUCCAGUCCCUCACCUCCUUCAGCCUGUGGCGGGACUUCCACCAGACCGGCGUGUUGGCCAAGGGGGAAGUGCUGGUUAGCCUUGUGCUGGUGCUCUUGGCCGCCACCAUCUCCAGCUCCAUGCGGGACUGCCUGAGAGGGAAGCCAUUCCUGGGCCUCCUGGGUGUGCUGACCAUCUGCAUCGCCAAUGUCACAGCUGCAGGAAUCUUCUUUAUAUCGGACGGGAAGUUCAACUCCACACUGCUGGGGAUCCCAUUCUUUGCUAUGGGUGAGUGAAAUCAUAGGUUGCCAUCAUGAGACUGACUGAAGUUUUGUGUGUGUGUAUGUUUUGCCGGACCAUGGGUAGACACUUGCAUAUUUAAAUUAGUGAGAAAGAGUUCUUAUUGGCUGUGCUGUAGUCUGCCCAGAAUUUUGAGGAUCAUUUUGUAAGACCUUGAGGUGUCUGUUGCUCCCUGGCAUUCAGUAAUCAUGAGGAAGCUGGACAGGCCCAGCUCUAGCCUGUUGAAAAUAAAGGUUGGCUGUGUGGGAAGAUAAAAAUUUAGGUGGGCAACCUGAAAGGAUUAUAGCCUGGAGGUUACAGAACAGGAAUAUUUUUUAAACCACUGAAAACCACAGUGAAGAGUUCAUUCAAAUAUGUUGUGGCACAGAAAAAAAAAGGGGGAACAACAUGCAAUUUGUGGAGGUAAUUUGGUGUAGAAGGAAAACAUCAAAUUACUAAUUACUCUACAAAGCUCAAUAUCUAGUAAGAUUUGAUCUGUUGUGCAUAUUUUACAACUUGCAUGCAGUAUUUGACGUAUUUGUCUUUAGCUACAAUCAUGAAGAGGUUUCAUUUCAUCAAUUGGCUUGACCUUACAAAUCAAAGACUUCUGCAUCAACAUUUGUUUUUCCUGGUUCCUGAGAAGGAUGGGUUAUUAUCUGAAUUGUUGCUGGUUGCUGACCCUGGCCUUCGUUUGUGGAUCAAGGGUUCUCUGUUUUUUAUUACGUUUAUUUGGUAUCAUUCAGAACAUUUACAUACACAGAUAAGUUGAGCUAAGCUUAUGGCUUGAUGAGGCAACUUAACUGGACUACUGUCCUUGGCUGAGGUUUCACACACAGGGCAAGAAUGGAAUUAUUAAGAGGAGAACGUCUGAGGCACCACGCACCCUUUUCGUCUUGUUACUAUCUGGUUGUCUCCCGGCAAAACACAUUAGAAAGAUGCUAACAGGAUGCAGCUACAGCAAACGAUUAAAACAUUGUUACUUUACAGCUUGCUGCCAUUUGUUAGACGAGUUUCGUCCUUUUUGCAUAAUUUUGUCGUCUGUCCAGGUUUUGUUCCUGGCUUCCUAGCAACACAUCCACGCGCUCCAAUCACCGUCUCAGAGCCUGGCGUGCGAACACUCGGGCAUGCCCUGAAUACUUAGGCUAGUUUCGGUUCUACUUAGCCAUGACGUGACAUGAUCUGCAUGACAGAAAAUAACAAUUACCCAGGUUUGAUAGUUUGACUAUGUGAAGUUUGAUUUUCUGUGAUUUCAGUGAGACUAAUCUGUCUACAUGAGUCCAGUUUCAGUCGGACUACGAAAAUAAAUUGAUUUUUUUUUUAACUGCAUGUAAAUGUAUUGACUAAUUGAACACAUCACUCUUGAAAAAAUGCUGCAGCUUCAGUAUGGCGGUGUGCUCAGUCUCAUGUUAUGUUCUUACUUUCAAAAAUUCAAAGGGCUUCAAGAUGCCAUUAACAUUUCUUAUUAUGACAUUUGACGGAUGAGGAAGCAUCGUAAAGGUUUCAUGCUGUACCCUGUUAUUUCUCUCAAUGUGGUAAAUGUGGUGGAUAUCUGCAUUAGUUCAUAAAGGACCUGCCAUUCAACAGAAAAAGGGCAAUUCUCACUCACAGGGGGGUUUAGAAAUAUCAAGUCAGGUGGCUCUGUCGACUUUUUUUCCAAAUUAAACGCAAAAUUUGGAUGAUUGGAGAAUUUAAUAUUCACAAUGGUCCCAAAGCUACAAAAAAGAAAGACUGUUCAAAACCCUUACCCUACAUACAAACAUACACACUAGUUGUGAAUUAAAUGACCUUACUAGUCAAAAUAUUCCACACUACAGACAUAUACUGUAGACAUUAUGGUACGCUGGGCUUUUUACAGUUUUUAGUGUUUCUCUUCUUCUGCCUCGCCUCUAACUCCCUGUUCUACCUCUCUUGGCCUCCUAAGAUAUACUUUGUCCAUUUACACUACUGCCUAUUUUGCUUUUUCUCCCCAUGCAUUCUAAGGUCACUGCAUCCCUGGGGCUUUGGUGCAGCUUUGCUGCAGGCUGGCUGACAUAACUGAAGUUUAAGUAAGACUCAAGAACAGGAGGCUGGAUCACUCCCUGUGACCUAGAGGCAGGGGAGGAGGGACUGUUGGGGGGAGGUGUUACUGUGGGGGUGGGUGUUGAGAGGAGCCAAAAAGGAUAGUCAAGGAGAAAAGAGCAAGGAGUAAAAAAAGGUAUGUGAUGUAUAGGAGGGAGGAGGGGAGCUGAGGAGGGAGCAGACUGAGACAUAUCCAGAGGGGAGAAGCAGAAGAGAAAUUCACAAGGAGAGGAGGUGCAAAAGGGCAAAGGAGAUAGAGAGGACUUGAUUAAUGUAAUUUCAUGUGACAGGACCUCAGAGGCAACAGAUGUCCACCUUCCUCUUGGGAGGUUCUGACUGAGACACACCCCUAUCACUAUAUCAGUGCCACAUCAGGACAGACACAGAGAACUGGAAAGGAUACUGAUAACUGAAGUGUAAAAGCAGUGUGGAACCGCUGCUUAUGCGUGAUCACCGUUUUAAGUCAAAGAGCAGUUUUGAGGUUCAAUUUUUUAGUGAAUUUAAAAUAUGGACCUUCUCCCUCAGACGGCCACCUACUUGGGAUGUCACACUCAUACUGUAAUAAUGUAUUAUCACCAAGUGGAUAGUCAUAUAAACCUUGAUAAUCUAACAAACUGUGGCUCUUUCAAAGCUCCUUGAUUGAUAAGCAGUCGUGCAAACAAUAGACAGUUAGAACCGGGUAAGAGAUUAGGCUGAAUUUUAAAAUGAAAAACACAUCUGACAGCCCUUUAGCUAACAUUACACCAAAGCUAACAUAAGCAUGGAGCUGCUUUCUAGUUGACAUUUACUUUAAAAAAUAUAUAUAUAUAUACAAAAGGAGUAACGUUUGCACAUGCAAAGUAAGUAUUUUAUAGAUGAAAACUUCAGAAGCAUUGAUGGUCUUGUUCAUGAAGUCGUGUUGGUUCUAGAAUAAUUUUUGUAAGUUCUCUUGUUACAAAAAUUUAACAUUUGGUUAUUUUGAGUCUCACACUACAUGACCAAAUGUCAGUAGAGAUUUUCACAAUUCUGCUCUGCAUGUGAAUACUCAACAUGUUAAACGGUGUAUUUCUCUAUGGCAUUGUAAUACAGUCAUUGUAUCUACUACGCUGUGGAAAAUGAGUGACUUGUGGACUGGUGAACAAAUUCAAUUGGCUUUGUUGUGCACAGCUGGUACUUAAAAACCCUAACUCGAAUAGAUAAUAAGUAUCUGAUAUUUGUACCAGCUCCCUGUACAUGAAUAUACUCUGCCAACCUUAAAACUCGCUGCUGAUGUAUUCUGAUGGACAGCAGAUGGUGUCGUGUUAUAGAUGGUGUCGUGUUAUAGAGGCUGUUUCUUUUACUCUGUCUUUGUAUCACUGUCUGAGUGGGUAAUUUCUGGAGUUAUGGCAUUUGACUUUAUUUUAGUUUGUAUGUGAACGGAAAAAAUAGCAUUAGCUAACAUAAGCAAAGCUUGAACCGCCAGCCUUCAGUCCUCCUUGCAGUUUAAGAGCCAUGUGUGUCUGGGUUGCUCAAGUCAAGUUGUUACAUGCUAAAAGGGGGAACACACUAUAGGAAAAUCAUGCUGAUUAUGUGGUUGAUUCCCCCUCCAGGCAAAAAGUCGGCAAAGGCCUGGUAAUUGGGUGGUUCUAAAGAUUAUCUUGCCAGAUUAUCCUAAAGUGUGAAGUGCGUGAAGAGUGAUUUUUCUUCCCUCCGAUCUGCGCAGAAGAUGAUCUGACCCUCCCUUACUUAAAAUCAUAAAUGUUAAACAUGUAUGAUAUUUAUGAUCUGAAACCCUGAUAUGUGGGGGAAACCCCAAAGGAGGGAAGAUCAUGCAUGUUGUCUUUCGUCUCAGCUCAGUUUCCAACACCCAAUUGGAAACUUCGCUGACUAAAGAAGUAAGCACAAUGUGCAACCAUGACAACAUGAAACAUGAACCAUAAACCGAGGUUGAUGUCCAUAUAUAUAAAACUCACUCGCUAACGCAUGAGGAAAACUAGGGCUGGACAAUCGAGCGAUAACAAUAUAUAUCGAAAAUUAAUUUCCUUCAAUAUCAAUAAGAUAAAAAAAAACAUGGUCAAUAUGCUUUUUAAUAGUCGGCAUUCUGCCAUGUUUUGUUAGACUAAACAAAUAGCCAAUGAAAAGGGAAGUCGCUCCGGGUCCGCUUUGUGCUGAACCAAUCACGUGCUGAAUUAGAACCAAGUAGCAAACAACUGUGUAGUAGCAGGCUGCAGCUACAUGCAACCAUAGCACUUUAACAGGUGAAGGCGACAGCACUGUCAGUGAGAAAAAAAGAAAAUAAGUGCUACCCUCGGCAGAAAGGCAGAUGAAGGCUCAACAGAUAACAACUUCUUCGAAAACACUGGCAGCUCCAGCUGCUGGUGUUAAGAGUCUAUGUAGCCUAUGUGGUGUGCACAAAACUACCACCCUGUCAUCGUUUAUCGUCAUGUGUGGGAUCUAAGAUUACAAAACUGUUUCAGGGUGAGGCGGGAUUAACCUGACACACCUUGAAUACAACUUGACCUUCAUUUUUAAAAGGUCAAAUUGGUCAAAGACAGGACCAAACUUUGCCUGUUUACAUUCAGGCAAUGAGCAGCAUGGCAUUAUGGUAGUAACCAAAGCUACAGCUCCGACUAGUGGUGAAAGGCUGCACUACAGCUUAGACACCAUAUGACCAGCACAGAAACAUUAAUUUAAGGAUAUAUUUUUUUAAGUGUCGUGAACAUUUUUUUAAACAUGGUUUGGUUUUACAUUAUAUGUUAGCACCUCACAAAUCAGGGACUCAGCAUGUUGUAGUCGGUCAAAGCAAUAUCAUUCUGAAACCAAACUGAAAGAUAUAAAUUCACACAUAUGGAGUUCGGCAAUAAUACUACACGAUGGCUGUUAUCUCCCUGCCUUUGGGGCAUCUACUUGAGCCUCUCAGUGCAGCUGCGUGAUUGUCUAGUGGUUUUAUUUCUACUCUCCCCUGAGUUAUAUGGUUUCUACAGACUGAUACUUUGUUUGUCCUGAGGGGGAUGGAUAAAAAGCUAGCUAGUCUGAGGCUACGGCCAUCUCUGAUGCUAAUGAUGAAAAAUCUAACAGAAAAUCCUGCUUGUUUUAAAGGGAUAUUCCGUCGUCUCUGCUAAAGAAAUCAGGCAAAGGUAAAAAGAUGUUUGGUGGCUAGGACCCUAUAUGUACUGUUGAUGAAGUUAGGUGCUGUUCUGAGCAUUAUUUGUGGCUGUAGAGUGGCUUUUUGGUUGAGGUUUGUUUAUGGCUCCUCAGACCGCUGUGUAUUGCUUUUGUGCAGUCAUUAUGAAAGUUGGUAUAACUAGAGAAGCAACCGGUCGGCAACAUUCAUCUCUUGAGGGGGUGUCUAACCUGGGGUUAAGGUGUGUUUGACCCUAAAUUAAUUUUAUGCCGGAAUAUCCCUUUAAAAGUGUAGCUGGAUGGCUGAUGAUUGCUAAAUGAAUGGGAUGAUGGCAGCAUGAAAGCAGCGGGACUGUUGCUAACAUCAGUCCACACAUCACAUUAAAUGCUUCUGUCAUGAUGUAGUCAAAGUGUAUAGUUUUUCGCCAUUGUGUACACAGAUUAAAAUUUGGAGCUAUGCACACAAAUCUGGAAACUUGAAGGUAGAGCAAGUAAUCUUUUCACCUACCAUUAUGAUACUCCUUAGAAUUUGAAGUGUGGGGAAAAAUCAAGAGUAGAUGUGUGAGGAAUAAGUGUAGAGUCAUAAAAGUCAGUGACAGCUGUGUUGAGGGCUCAUCCAUUUUUAAUGGUACAUUCAGCAGGAAGUGGGGUUUCAAAAGGGCCCCUCUCAUCAAAGCUAAAAAUAACAUCAAACUGUACUGAGGUGAUGUUUAUUGAAUGGGUAGACUAAAAAAGGAUGAACUCUUGAAAGCUGUUUUGUACGUUCUGUGACUUUACUUUGUGCUAUUUUCAUGCACCGCAUGUCAUCCGCAGCCUCUGAAGUCAUUUCGCAUCUCAGAUGAGUAAUUGACAGCAAAGUUUUUCUCUUGAUUUAUUCUAGACUCAUCAUUUUACGUAACUGGGAAAAAGCUGGCACAAUUAAUGGGCGUCAAGGGGAACAGUGAUUGCUAUCUGUUGUUUGUAUUCAUCUGUAAAAUUAAUAUUUAUAAGAAACAUCCAUCACAUAGACUAUUUCCAGUCCCUUUUCUCAUCUUUUUUUAUAUUCAUUUUUCAGAAUCAAGUGUUAGUCAUGUUAUGAAAUUGUGAAAGAAGUUCUGAAUAAUCUUGUCAAGAAAUAUUUUCAUGUCAUUUAAGUGAAAGAAAUAAUAUUUGAAAUGCUCUUUAGAGAUGUGUCAUUUGACAAAUAGAGAUAAUAAGUUGACAGGCAGAAACAAAAAGAGACAAAACUUAUUUAUGAAUGAAGGCAGACAUAUUUAGGAAGCUCACUCACUUUAAAUAAAAUUACAACACACUGUUGUAUUCACACUUUGAAAAUGCAAAGAGCCAGUGGCCCUCAGAAAAACUUUUUAUUAUUGUGCUGGCUUUCCCUGGUUAUAUCUGCUGUUUUCAGAAUAACAUUGCACUGAUUGGAAUUAUGUGAUUUGUUGCUCAAGAAUAAAAACAAGCAGAAUAUACAAAUGAUGCAAACAUCUGCAUCUGCUUUUUUUAUAUAUGUUUAUAUAUAUACAUAAAGGAAAAAGCCAAUCAAAAACUAUAUCAAGCAAAGCAGCUGAUCCAGGAUAGUGUUGCACAUUAAGUGUCAUUGUCUGUUUAAUUUUAUACAAAUACGACAAAAGCAGUAAUUAUAAUUGUGUUUAAGAUAAAUAAGCAAAGAUUUAUUUUUCUGUGUAGCACAAAAAUAGUAUAAAGUGCAUCAUUGUUCAAAAUUUUGGUGUGUGUAAAAAAAGGGGGAACAAAUGGAAGAGCAAGGAAUGUAUGUCUUGGUUGUAAUAAAACUUAUUUUCAUAUGAAGAAUUAAUUUGGAUAAGAAUAUUGCUUUCAGUCUCCCAUGUGACAGUACUCACGUUCACUGGCUUUUUAGGAUUUUAUUGAGCUUGGACCGCUCUGCUGCUAUGGACCUUCUCCUUGCAAGAUCUGCUCCUAUGUUAUUUCCAGUUUAUAAACAGAUGGCAUGAAUUCAGGGCAGACAGAGGAAGCCGCUAAGCCCUCUUGCCAUGUAAUGUGUUUUUCAUGGCACUUUAGUUUUAGAGCAAAAAUGUAUUUUAAUGACUCUUUGGCUUUUAAGUGUCGACCAGGGGAGGAGAAUGUAAAUUCAGCCCAGGCUUCCAUUUUAGACGCAAUGUGGCCAAGACUAUAUUGCUAUUUUCCCACUUUUUUUUUUUUUUUUUUUGCAGAAAAUAGCCAGUGACGAUGUGCUCGCUUAGAAUCCACUCAGGGUGUGCCUGCAGUGAAGAAAGACAUACUAUUGAAGAACUCUUCACCUUUCAUAUUUUAGUUUCUCUUUAGCCUUCCCUCUUCCUGACACACAUCUGUAUUCUGGGAGACAGCAGGCUGCAACCCGUUAUUAGAGCAACGGGAACAGGUGAUUUUGUAAAAAGCCUUCUGGAGAUACAUGCUGAAACUUUUAAGUUGUACUCAGAGAAACUUUCUGGGCUCUGAAAAUCAGAAAUGUUGAAGAGAUGAAUUGGCGAAGAUUGAUCUGAUCUUUAUUUUUAGAAAAAUGCUAAAUUUAGAGCAUACUACGAAAAAAAAGGAAAAUCCUUUAGCCUGUAAUUUUAAAGGUAGCUGUGGCUAAAAAAAAGAGCAUCAUAGUAGUCAAGCCUAUAGGACAUAAAAGCACAGAUGGUAUUUCUCCUUCCCCAGAUUUUAGUGAGAUGACUUAAACGGAAGGAAAAAAGUGUUCAGGCAAUCUGCUCUCCACAUCACAGCGCUGUCACUUCAUGUUAAAAUUACAAAUACAUUCAAGCUUCCAAUUUGAGAUAGUUGCCAGAUGAGGUGAUUGAGAGGAAAUAAUGCAGAAACUGGAACCAGGAAAAAGGUGUAUUCACUGGUCAUCCAGUCUGGAUAUUCAACAAUUAACAAUGCUAAAAUUUUUGCUGAAAUAAUUUGAUUGCUACCAAAGGAAAUCAAUUGGAAACCAUGCACAUGUGGAUGUAUUUCACAGUUAAAUGCUAAUCUUUUUAUUGAGAUAGGUAUUGAGGGUGAGAAGAAACUAAUAAGUUUGGUAAGGGUGCUUCUAAUUUUUUGUUUUCACUGGUUUAUCGGCCACAGAAAUCUCUUUAUUCCUUUUUUUUUCUUUUUUAGAUUUAUAGUGUUGAUUGUUGGUGAUGUAUAAUGUUAACUUAAUCCAUAUGGCUUUGGUAACCCUUACAUUUUUCCAUGUAAGUACAGAAUAGUAGGCCUAAUGUCCAGCCUGCUGUCCUAAUGUCCAGACAGCUGAACAGAGAACAUUGGAGUUCAAACCUCGUUUUUGACAUGCUAGUCACAGGUAUUCGUUAUCUGCAGUACAAGAAGUCCUCAGCUCUAAGCUGUAAGCUGUAACUUUUCCAGGCCUUCACUGCAGCCAUCAAAGCAUAUGAAACCAACUGCAAUCGCAUAUUUGAGAAAAGGGGAGUUAAAGGAGGAAGACUUGGUCAUUUGUUGUCUGUACAUGUUGCUGUUCUGGAGUAUGUGUGUGGGGGAGUCUGUGUGUGGGUGAAGAUGGAGAGAGCAACAGCAAAUGAGAGUCUGGUCUUCCCUGCAGACUCAAAGUCGGGGAUAUAAAGUGGAAAUAAGAGAUGUCACAUUUUUAAAUUUGUGUGUGUAAGACAGAAAGAGUUUCUUUGUUUAGGAGACAUCACAGUGACAGCUAUCCACUCUCAUAACUGCACUAGUCAGGAAUUCAAUUCCUCUCUGCCCCUAUUGUCUUGUUACCUCAUCCCUGCUCUUCUGGCAUCAUCUAAAUGUUUCCUCAAAAACCAGAGAGGUACAAGUAAAACUGGAUGUUCAGUUUUAGAUCUAUCAGCAUAGAGAUAAUGAGAAAAUUGUCAGUUUCCCUGAAAGCUGAUUAGCAUCGAGCUGCAGUCAUGCUUCCAGCCAUGCUUUUUUUCACUGAGUCAUAGAUGAAAGGUCUGCUACAUAGAAAGCUCCUUCAGCUAACACAAAAAAACCACAACUAGAACUCACACAGAUAUAUAGAUAGAUAUUAACACACAGUUAUAUGUAAAUAUAUAUACAGACUUAUAUUUAUAUGUGUGUGUGUGUGUGUGUGUGUGUUGGUAUAUGUCUGUUUGUAUACAUAUGUUAAUGUGUAUUCAUGGUUUAUAUGGAUAUAUGUGCAUGGUUAAAAUUAAUUAGGGGACAUUGAAGGUGUGUCACAUAUUUUCUCUUAUUUCUCUUAACUCUGAUUUACCGUAUUUUUCGAAAUAUAAGGGGCACUUAAAAUCCUUACAUUUUCUCAAAAAUUGACAGUGCGCCUUAUAAUCUAGCGGGCCUUAUGUAUUAUUACUUGUUCUCUUACUGACUAAUUGUAUGUGGUAUAAUGCACUCAAAAAUCUGUCAAAAUGUGUCAGUACGACUUUGGUAAGCAACAACGCCACUCCACUUACCGGAUAUGCUGAGCAUUACGGUCUAAACUAAAAGUGCAUUUAUAUAAGGCAGCCCGGGCCAGAAGUACGCUCUAGCAACAAUAAACCAAUCAAUGCUUAAUGCGCCUUGCAAUUUGGUGCACCUCAUGUGUGAACAAAGACAUGUUAAUUCACAGUGCGCCGUAUAAUCUGGUAUAAAGUACGAUACAAUACAAUAUAAUUCUUAAGACAGUGUAACACAUCAGGGCAGAUGAAUGUCCUAGUGACUUUUCUCUCUUUUUUUUUCAGGCCAUGGGACUAAAGGGGUUUUUGAGCUGCUCGCAGGCUGGAGGAGAACCAGGGAAAACCUUCCCUUCAAGGAGCGUGUGGCGGACGCUUUCGCUGAUGUGAUGGUGUGUUACACCAUGACCAGCUCACUUUACAUUAUCACCUUUGGUAUGGGAGCUAGCCCUUUUACGAAUAUAGAGUCAGUGAAGAUUUUCUGCCAGAGCAUGUGUGUUGCCAUCCUGGUCAACUACUUCUAUGUUUUCUCUUUCUACGGCUCCUGCCUGGUGUUUGCCGGACAGCUGGAGCAGAACCGCUAUCACAGUGUUUUUUGUUGUAAGAUUCCUUCAGUGGAAUACCUGGACCGCCAGCCCACAUGGUUUAAAACCAUGAUGAGCGACGGCCACGACUUAUCCACUCACCACGACAGCAUCCCUUAUCAAAACCACUUUAUCCAGCACUUUCUUCGUGAGCACUACACUGAAUGGAUUACCAACACCUACGUCAAACCCUUUGUGGUCAUCCUGUACCUCAUUUAUGCAUCGUUCUCAUUCAUGGGAUGUUUACAAAUCAGUGAUGGAUCCAAUAUAGUGAAUCUCCUAGCUAGUAACUCUCCAAGUGUAACCUAUGCUAUGACCCAGCAGAAAUACUUCAGCAACUACAGUCCUGUGAUUGGGUUUUACAUUUAUGAGCCAAUUGAGUACUGGAACUCCACUGUGCAGGAGCACCUGAAAACUCUGAGUCAUGGUUUUAACAAGAUUUCCUGGAUUGACAAUUUCUUUCACUACUUAAGGGUGGUGAAUGUGAGUGCAACAACAAAAAGUGACUUCAUCACCAUACUCAAGGGCUCUUUCCUGCGCAGCCCAGAGUAUCAGCACUUCACUGAGGAUAUCAUAUUUUCCAAGAACCGUGAAACUGAUGAGUAUGACAUUAUUGCUUCUAGGAUGUAUUUGGUUGCACGGACAACAGAGAAGAAGCGUGAAGAAGUUGUGGAGCUUCUGGAGAAGCUUCGUCCAUUAAUGCUUAUCAACAGCAUCAAGUUCAUUGCCUUUAAUCCUACGUUUGUGUUCAUGGACCGCUACAGCUCUUCUGUGAUCUCACCCAUCCUGACCUCAGGCUUCAGCGUACUCACAAUCCUCAUCCUCACUUUUUUUCUGGUCAUCAAUCCCUUGGGGAACUUCUGGCUCAUUCUCACAGUGACCUCUGUAGAGUUGGGUGUCUUGGGUCUGAUGACCUUAUGGAACGUUGGCAUGGACAGCAUCUCUAUCCUGUGCCUUAUUUAUACCCUGAAUUUUGCUAUGGAUCACUGUGCACCACACCUAUACACUUUUGUGCUAGCCACUGAGCACACUAGGACGCAGUGCAUCAAGUUGGCACUGGAGGAGCACGGGGCAGCCAUUCUACAGAACACAUCCUGCUUUGUGAUAGGGAUAAUGCCCCUGGUAUUUGUGCCUUCCAAUCUGACCUACACACUGUUCAAGUGCUCCCUUCUGACUGCGGGCUGCACAGUGCUGCACUGCUUUGUCAUCCUACCCGUCUUCCUGACCUUCUUCCCGCCAUCUAAAAAGAGACACAAGAAAAAGAAACGGGCCAAGCGCAAAGAGCGGGAGAGGGAGAGGGAACGGGAAAGGGAGAGGGAAAGAGAAAGGGGGGAGCUAGAGUGCAUUGAAGUCAGGGACAAUCCUGAUCAUGUGACAAACGUCUAAGUAGUUUGUAACCCAAGCAAUGAAUAAUGGAUCUGGUAUCUGUCAGAUAUUAGUUGAUAACAGGUGUUUCCCAAUGGUGAGAUACCUCUUGGAGUGCUUGGGAGUGCAAGAUGUCCCUUGAGGGAAUGGCACUGGUCACUCCAAACCAUAGCAGCUAAGCUGGCAAGAGUAGAGUGCAGCCCCACUGGGUGGUCUUUCAGUUUAGACAGUGGAUCUAAUUUGCACAAACUGCAACAUGUUCAGAGGGGUAAAUAGGAUCUGGUAUUGACAUGCCUUCUAGGUGGUUGGAUCAAAGGUGGAUAGCUCCAACUUCAAGGAUUCACCCUUUGCAUUAUCACCUGUCUCGAAAUAAAUCUCCAAUGAAUACGCAAGUAAAGAUGGAGCCCCAUCAACCUUCAGUAGCUUUCCAGAAAUAUGAAAUUAGGAAAUGGCAAUGUAAUGGAAGAGUGGAAGAUAACUCUACGAACAAGCUAAAGAGAGGGAACAGACACACGGGGUAUCUAGAGCAAAAUAGUUUUGGUAGGUAAUACCUUUAUGUUGUUUUUUAGCUUGAUUUUCCUCUGCAGUUGUGGAUCAUCGGUAACAUAUAAAAAGUAAUCUGAAAACAGGAGCCUCUGUCGAACACAGAAAUACAAAAUAACGAAUCCAUGUCUCACAGCUCCCAAAAUGAUAUGUUGAACCCCUACCAGAGCACAUCUCUUCGUCCCAUCUUUGAAAACAUGUAUUAGACUAAGCUGGAUCAAUCACAUCUCCACAUGCUUUAGGUGACAUGGAAAGUUUUGUCGAGGCAGUCAUACACUAGAAGCACCUUUUUCCACAUCUACAUAUUAGUUUCCUUGCAGACAGAGAGUGGGCAGACUUUAUCGUGGUGCUAGGACAAAUGAACCAAACCAGUGUGAACAAUUGUGCUCCAGUCCACCUCCACACGCUGCCUGAGUGCUCAGAUCUCUAUCGGUCCUCUGAACACAAUGAGGUUGGUUUACACCUGAAUGACGGGCUGUCCACUUGUGAUCUAAUCGCAUGUGAUGGAUGUUAAUACCAAUUUAUGACAGGGCAGCAGUUUUGAUUUGGUGAAAUAAUGAUACUUACAAAUGCUAAACCUGGAAGAGAAUUUUGAGCAUUUAUUGCAUUAUUCUAUUUAACCAUUUGUUAUUCUAUAUUCAUCUCCUGCAGUCUUGUUCUCAACAGUAGAGAGUUGCAAGCAAAGCAGUCUGUAUAGCCAAGGAUACUCAGACAAGUUGGUGAAGGUGGCUAGAGUCACAUAACGACAGAGUGCAAAUUACACCGAGUUAUACUGAGCAGGAGCACUCACCUUACCGCUCACAGCUUGAUUAUAGCAGAGGAAACAAAACCAAAAGAAAGAGAAACCUUGUGGGGAAGCACACCACAUGCUUUACAUUAUAGAUAGCUAAAAAGCUGAAGUGUGCAGAUGGCAUACACAGUAUUUAUUAUGGAACAUUAUCUUGCUAAUUGAGUUGUGUCAAGGUUUAUAUUCACUGUCGGAAAAUAUCCCUGCAUUAUUCCAUAGGUCUUAGGUCAGAGGCAUGAAGAACUGCAGUGGCCAGCAGCACAUCAAGAGGACAUGAUAAAUGACUUUUGUGAAAUUGUGUUUAAAAAGGCAGUAAGAUCAAGUAUAUCCAAGUAAACUCAAAGCUGUCCGUGCUCGGGAAAGGAAUAACCAAAACUGAAGUGUCUCUAAGGUUGGACACCUUUGGCUUAUGAGCAGGUUGAAAGUAUUGGAAUGGUUCCUGCGAGAGUAUGAAUGUCUGUAUGAUCCACUUACAAUAGCUAUGACACUGAUAACUGGAAGGUCUGGAUGUUAUUUAAAACUUGCAUUGGUGCCAAACAGCAUACCGAUUUUUGUCAACUGGUUAAAAAAGAUCUCACUAAAUUGAAAUUUUCUUAUAAAUCAACCAAUAAUCAUGAUUUAUGUAAGCUGAUUUUAUUUCUGCCAAAUGUUGUUAAAUUUGUGAAGCAGAUUACAAAGCAGGCAUUAAGAGUUGCACUUUUUGUCCACUGUUCACAUUCAAUAUUUUAACAAGAGCUGAAGUUACACUGGUGCCAGUAGGUUUUCUUUGAAAUCCCAAUCACAUUGACAAUUACUUCGACUUAUGCCCACAACAUAAAUUAGCACAACACUCUUGACUUACCAGAGAUAGUACAUGGGAAAAUAUCCAUGAUUUAUCCUUAUCAUGAUCAUUUUUGUUGAUAGUGGGUCAAAUAUAAAUUAAUGGGUUGUUUGCAAUAACGAUGUCAAAGAUCGAUCAACCUGCUCUCCAGAUCACUCUAACUCACCAACUCACAACAUGACUCUGGAGUUCACUUUGACCGCUAACACAAAUGUUUCCAUUUCCUUCUCACACUACCGGUCCAGCACCAAACAAGAGAAAUACAAAGUUAGCCGCUAGCUGGUGGACAUAAAUUAGUAAGUAGUAACACAAUACCAAUUAAAUGCUUAUUUUGCUGGAUAUUUCUGAGAUGUUUGAAUUGCUAAUAGUUUGCUACUACAUAUGGAGAAAAGAAUGGGUAAAAAUAUGUGUUGAGCAUGUAACACUGCCACCAAGUGACCAAUAUACAUGUGGUUUUAAAAAAAGAUUAAGCCUAAGAUUAACAGGUCUUAAAUUGAGUAGGUAGACAGAUUAAAUCUAAGGAAAAAAAUGAUGUGAACUAUAUCCAAGGCCAUGCUACAAAAAUUUGUUGAUUCAUUUACCAUCAAGGGUCAAAAUAUUAUCACCAACCGAAUACAAUAAAAGACAUUCACUGAUCUUGAUUACACUCCGUCAACAGAAAAGGACGUCUGACGAAGCUAGUGGGAUAGCAGCUCGUAUGAAGUAAUUUUGAGACUUGAGCGUAGAGCUGGUCAAGCUCGUGGUAACUGAUAACGUUGAGCUCUUAUCCUUAAAAAGCAUAAGAAUGAAAAUACAACUCCACAAAAUCCCAGGUCCUUGAAAUCGAAAGCUUCUGUAAAGAGGGUUUUCCAUAUGCUGUGAUGAUGUAGACUUAAGAUCAGACACAAGGUCAGCAGCCCUGACAGAUACCAGUCUCUCACUGACCUCUAGCAGGCAGACCUUGGCUGGUGGUAUGUGAUUCAGAUGUGGCUGAUUGCAACUUGAUCAAUACUUACAGACAUCUUGAGGGAUUGGGGGAACAAAGCAAUUUGCUUUCUUUGUACCUAAACUAAAAAAAGUCAGUCUAGCACAGGAUGCUAUUUAAUUGGGUUAGAUUAUACAGUGGCUUAAACAUUAUAGUGCAUUUCAAGAGAAGAAUGUCAUUUGUUUUCAAGUGGAAAAAAGGCGAUUGAUUCCACUUCUUGUGUAAAUGGAUAUCUGAGAACAAAGGUGAAAAAAUAAUGUGUUCAUACCGAAACAACAAAAAUGUACCCUGCUUGUGUGAAAUUUUGAAAUAAUCUUAAAUGCUGAAUUUGCAAUGAGAAGAUUCUGAUACCUGUCAUUGAUGAAUCAUUGCCCCAAUUAGUGGUUUUUGAUAAGCUACUUCCAGUAGCAGCUGCAGUCAAGUCACUCUGUAAAAGCCAUGCCAAAUAGAGCAAGACGGCAUGACGUGUUGGAAACCCAAGAAAGAAAUGCAAGUCUUAAAGAAUUCCCUUCACAAACUGGACUGUGUUUGCAUGGCACUGUAUUGUAUGCAUGUAUUUUUAUACUGUAUGAGGUCUGCACUUUUUUUUUUCCUUUUUGCUACGCUGUUGUAAUACUUUUCAGUUGUUUCAAUGCAUAUUCUAUAACACCAUGUGCUGCAAAAGAGCAAAUGAGUCAUAAUUGUUCCAAAACAAAAGCCAGAGGAUAUUUCAUUUGUAAAAUAACUGUAAAAUACUAUUUUCUAUAUUUUCUAUGAAAAAAAUACACGAAAUAAAGAUUUUUAUCAGAAGAUUUUUAUUAAAAAAAGAAUAAAAGGGAAAAAAGUUGAACACAGUAGGCCAGUAAUAAAUAGUGGAAUGUUAUCAGUGAACUAGCUUUUAUUCACACUGCAGUGUCACUGUUGAUUGACGGUUCACCUUUUAUAGAGAAAGCUUUGGCCACCAUUUUAUUGAUCCCGUGUCUGUCUCUUUUAUGUCAUCUACUUUAUCCUCACAUCUAAAGUAAGCCUUCAUCAACCUUUUCCUGACAACAGUACUUUCUGUCUGGCUGUGAUCAUAUUUAUCAAAUCAGUAGGCUGGCGGUUUCUAGACUAUAGUUGGGGUCUUCAAUUGUUAAAAUAAUCUCUUACUGUUUCCUGAACAAUAGGUUAAACUUAGCAACCGAGACUUCAAUAUCUAGCCUUUUUGUAAAACUCUUGUGGAAUAUCAUUCCUAAAUACUCUUUUAGACUAGCCGUGAUUGCUGCAUAACCAAUUAACUAUUACCAAGCCACAUGAACUACUUCUCACCUCUUUAUAGUCAGCAUCAUUUUGAAUGCAGAAGGCCGUCGGAUAAGGCUACAGUGCAUUUCAAUAGCUGGUUAUUGAAACUAUUCAGACAUUGUCUCACCACUGAGUUAUUAAAACAGCAUGUAAUAUCUGUGUGUAAAACAAAUCCCCCCUUUUCUCUUCGCUCUUUUUACUGAACUCAUUUCAAAGACUGGGCUUUAACAUCUUUGCUUUACAUGAUAAAUCCCUUGAAUUGACUAAGCCCACAUUGUGUGUGUCUGUCUUUCAGCACUCUUCAGCUUAGCUCAGUUGUCUGGUACCCAAUUGACUCCCACUCAAGAGUUUGUUUUUUUAAUAACAAGAAGCAAAGAGUUGUUUUACAUUUUUUCUCUUUUUUUUAAACGUUGUUGCAUUCACAAACGUUUCUCAACCAACAAAUAGUCAAACUAGUUAGCUUCUUUUAAACCUUGUUAUACAGUAUGUGCUCAACAGUAUUGAGGUUGCAGAAAAGUCUGUACUAAGUCAAAAACAAACUGCAAUAUGCAUUAAUUUGUUAGGUUUUUAUUUUUAUUUUUUACAAUGUCUCAAUAGUACUUAUUCAUAUGUGGUUUUGUGUUUUCAGGCGAUUUGUAUACUCAUAGAUACAGAGCCUCACAAACUAUUAUAACACAGGUAGCAAAAGGCCCCUCAUAUCUUCAAAGUGGUCCAUGUUUCUGUAUGACAACGUACUAUACUUGUAUGCAUUUAUACCAAAAUUAUCCUGUUUUUCUUCUCCACAGAAACAAAAUCUCUUGACCAUAGCUCUAAUUAUAGGUUUUCAACAGUGGCACAUUUCCCAGUAGUUACAGAACAAGCUUAAAAUCUGUUUAAUUGAAUGUUGUUUGUAAGCUACAAUUAUAUGGUGUUUUUUCCGUCUUCAGUGGGAAUAUUAUCACUUGAAUGUAUGUGAUAUUAGGAUAUUACAGCUAUCAUCUAUGGUCUUUGACUCAAAUGCUAGAUUAGGCUGUCUGAGAAUCUGUUAUCUUUAAAACUAAUGGACUGUUGAGUGCAAAGCAUGAUUUCUAGAGGUAAAAACAGACUUCAAUUAGGAAUACAUAUUCCAUUUUAUUUGUUUGUAUUCUGUAAGUCGUUGCUUGGGCGUAAAAAUUUCUCUGACCAUGCACCAGCACAUAAUCUGUUUGUACAACAACGGUGUAGCUCAAUAUUUCUGCAACACAGGGCAAUAAAAAUAUGCAAUCACAAUAUUGCUUUUUGAAUAAUCUACAUGGCAUAUGCUUCGAUCACAGCUUUGGAGGACAAAUUACUGUUUCAUCGUCACUGAUCUACCCUGUACACCAUCUAACAGAUUUGUGUCGCCUUCAUUCAUCAAACCUUUAAUGUAAUGACAUCUUGUUGGCAUUUUUCAUCAUGUUUCAGCGUUGUGCAAGAGGUACCAGCUCAAAGAGGAGUGAUGCUCUCUGAAAUCUCAGUACAAUUGAGUUGAACCCCUGUGCUCUUGGUGAAAUAGAUAAAUUAGCUGCUACCUUUUUGAUACAAUAUUUCAUCUGCUUUUUUCAUCUUUAACGCAUUCUGAAAAAGACUUAUCUGCAGUAUUUAUUGGAUUAUAUAGGAUAUAAACAUCUGGCACUACUCAGAGGUCAAACCCCUAUACUCACCCAUGCAAGAAAGGGAUAAAAUCAAGAGUCUGUGAGUAGGUAUGUGUCCAUUUAACUGUAUUUCUCAGAUAUUUCAAAGGUCUUGUCAGCUUGAUUUUGCCACAGUCCAAGCCUUAUACACUGUGUCACUCAGUUUGAAUAGUGUGCACUUAGUACUUUCUGUAAGAGCUGUCAGUAACAGUAUGGUUAGGUGUUGUUUGAAAUACAUGAUAAAUGCUUGGGUGUUUGUCUUUCAGUCUUGGUCUAUGCCCCUGGGAGGCUAACUUUAAGGGUUAGGAUUGCUCAGGGGUUUUUGUGCAGCCACAUCUUAUCACAGAAAGCUUGUUACUGGUAAAAUCUAGUCUUACACAAUUGACCAUUAGUAGUUGCUCUGGAUGUUUUUUUUAACUUCUUCCAAACAACAGCUGCUAUGUUCACAAAUGAUUGUUCCACGGUCCAAGUAUAUGCCGUUCAUUAAGCUGCCUCACUGAAGUCUCACAGCGACAGAUACUUUUCCACAGGUAGCUGUUACCAUCUAGCAUUAGCUAUCUAAGCCACACAUCAUAGAGGAGCAAAAUGAUUGAACGCAAUGAGUAAGAAUUACGUGCACUGAGCAGCUACAGCAUAAGGAACACUGACUGGACAAGGGCACCUGUACAUUUUGCUGAUAUGCUAGAAGCAAGAAAAAAUGGGGGGAUGUAGACAUGUGAGAGACUUUGUCAAGGACUAAAUUUCGAUGGCAGGAAGAAAGGAGUCAGAGUUUCUUUAAAAUUGCAGCCUAAGUGGUCCAAGGUAGGAAAUCAAGUGAACCUCAACAGUCAAAGGUGAUCAAGCCUUACAUAAGAGCAUAGGGAGUGAAGACUAGCCUAUGUGGUCCAAUCCAAAAGAAGAGACAUCAAAUUUUGGAGUGGCAUGAAUGCUGGUUAUGGUUUAAUUUUGAGCAUCCCCUGACCCCUAUCCACCACCAAAAGCAAUUCACGUGUGGACUUGGCCUCCAAAUCCCCAAGAUCUUAAUUCAAUGAAGUAUCUGUGGGAUGUGUUGAACAAACAAGUCCAGUAAUUUAAUGACCAUUUGAGCACCCUCUCCAUGUUGAUAUGACACAGUUUGAUACCUUCCUCUUAAAUUCUCACAAACAAUCCUCUCAGAAAGCUCCAAACAAAGCUUAAAAUGUUGAGCAGAGUCCUAGUCCAGGAAGGAUGUAAGAAACCUUUAAAUUAGUGUGUGGUAUGAUCAUACUUAUCACAUAAUCUGAUCAAAUAGCUGUUGUCAAUAUUUUUUAUCUAAUUAUUUCGUUGAUUAAAUUUUAAGUUACAUUUAAAAACUAUAAAACCUUAAAAAAAUAUAUAUGCCAAAUGUGCUGUAGCCUUUUCUCAUGCUCAUACUUAAAGCAGUUUUUCUCACACAAGUCUACUGUAGUUUUGCCGGCAGCAUUUUUAUCUGUAGCCUUAAACUUGGUCGGCAUCUGAGAUCAAUAAACCAGAGUGUGAUCUGCACUCGCACUUCACCUCACAUGAUAUGAGCUAGAUGUCCGUUUUUCUUUCUCUCUUAAAAUGCAUUGUGUACAGCGUCACGAGUAAAUAUGUUGCGCACAGUCCUGAACAACAGUUUUUACUGGGUGGGUUAUUACAGGGGGUGUGCGCUGCUACUAAGUAGUACAGAGAUGUUGUCUGUGAUCACUAAGCCGAUGUCCCCAGGUUUAAUUACAGAAAUCUGGUCACGUUACCGUGUAAUCUCCUGGUAAGAUGUGGGGCUGAAAAUAUUCCCCCAACAAGGUAGCUGAGGUUAUUCUGUACAGCUCAAACAGUCUCUAUAUUGUCAAUAUGUAGAAAUGUUGCUCAGUGACUCUUUGGCUGUGAUGUAGUCAUGAUUAAUGCAACUGACUGAUUCUGUCCUUCACUAAAGCUCUCUCAAACUGAGUGGUAUUCCCCUUUUUGAUUGUUAUAAACGCCUGGCUACUUCGGAAGUGUUGAGCUAGUCAUGCAACAUGUGGUACUGCCUUACAUGUUUUCCAACAUUUACAUUUAAAUGUGAAGUUAAUGGGAUAAGACCUGGAAGUUGGAGGUGCAGUCAGACAUACUGUGAAGUGAUAAAAAUGUAGUCAGAUGUUAUCGGUUGUGCGUUAUUGGAACAGGCGGGUUCAGAGUGAAUAAGUAUAAAAAAGCGGAAUUCAGGCUUUUUUUAUUUUUGUUAUUCUGAAUGCUUCACUGUAAUUACCCUGUAAACAACAACUUCAAACCACAUCAAGUUGCAAGUGUGUUGUUGCUGUAAGACUGUACAGAUUUGUGACUAGAACUAAUGCUGCGUUCAAGUUACCUCGGAAGUCAGAAGUCAGAGCUGGGAAUGAUGUCACACCUAAGUUACCAGCGUUUCAGUUACCAAGUCGGACGAAAGCAAAAUCGGAGGCGGAAACAAGAUGGCUACAUCUACAAAAGUUAUUUCAGCGCUUGCCUUGUCCUUGAUUAUACUUGGACAAUGCAAGCGCUGAAAUAACCUUCGUAGAUGUAGUCAUCUUGUUUCCACCUCAGAAUUUGCGACGCCAUUCCCGGCUUGGACCUCUGAUCCAAGGUAACUCGAACACAGCAUUAAGUUCGAAUGUUGGGACUACUUACAGUUACUGUUAACAUCCCUGGUAUCACAAAUUCUGUUUUCACUCUACUGUUGGAGUAGCUCAUAAAACAUUAACAGACAUGUUCUAACACCUUUCUACUGGCCUUCUUAAGUGUCGUCAGAGCUUGAGCUCCCUUUUGCUGAUCCCUGCUUUUUAACAAGAAGUGUGAAGAUUUAACCUUAUUAUACUGAAGAGGAAUAGAGUAACAGGGAGGAAAAAUGUAGUAAAUAUAAGCAAAAAUAAGAGCAUAUGAAGGGAAGAAGAGAUAAAGAAAAAUGAUUCUGGCAAAAACCCCUUAAACCCUCAUUUGAAUUUGAGAAGAUCCCAGCUGUAGGGAUGAUGGCAAGUAUUCCAGUGAGGAGAGAUGUUGAAAAGAGGGGGCUGCAGCAGUGCCAGAAAUGUUAACGUUGAGUCCCAUGCUGAUGUAAUGAGACUUAGCGGCUUAUUUUACUUACUUACAGCUCUCAGAAAGUUAAAAAGUGACUGCACAUUGAACAGAUUUGCUUAUUUCAGUCGAAAGUGACCCAAUCUUGGAUAAAGAUUCUGCUCGAGCUUCUAUGUCAUUCUUACUUUUCAGUGGUUAUUGAGCAAAACAGGAAAUUUGAAGAAAACACACCAGAAUAAUCCAGAGUGUGUGAUUGGAACUGAUGUAUUUUACUGUUCAAACAGAGGGGAAGGAUAAUUGAGAAACAAAAUUGAUGCAGCAGACCAAGACAGGCUGACUUUUCAUAAGGCACUGGACCGAAAUAUGGAGUUUGAACUUUGGUGUUAAGCUUCUGUGUAUCUUUCACAUGCCGCACACUCGACAUGUGUUUUAAAACAUGCAACUGAAUUUAUGUAAAGUAAAAAUUGUUAUCCUCACCAUGAGGAAGAGAUAACCUUGCAGCAUUACUUUCGGUCUCUCUUUAGCAAAGGCAUAUUAUAUACAGCUGUUUUCACAUUGUUUGUACUCUCUUACACUUAUAAUGAAAAGGAUGUUCGAGAUGACUGCAGUACCCAUUUUAAGCACAGGCAGAAAAAUAGAAAGACUAGAGUACAUCUGAAAGCUUUAAAUUGGAAAUUUUACAGUAUGCAGACAUAUCAUUGUGGCUCUUAAUAACCCCCUUAGGUUUUACUUCCUGAGCUGAUGGGGACUGGCAGCAGGAGUGGCUGCUGUCGUGUUGUGCUCUGUUGCAGCGUUAUUGCACCAAGCUGCCUUGGCCCGAGAUAUUUUUGGCUCCCACCUUGUCUUAAUCCUGUCGUGAUUCGCUGAUGGAUUAUUCAUGCUUCCUCUUGCCUCACAUCCCCUCCUCCCUUUGCUUAUCUUAGCUUCUUCCCCCUCUUCCCCCACCUCCUCGCUUUCUCACCUUCUCCCCUUUAACACUUCCUCAUCCCCUCAUACUGAGCGUUUUCCUCUAACACCACCACUAGUCUUCCCCCUUCAUAUAUUCUGUCAUUUUUAUCUUGCCUUCAUACUGCCAGCCUUCAAGUGUUUGCUGCCAGGCUAUGACCAGUCACUGCUAUGAUUAAUUUAUUCAUUUGGUUAUAUAAUACAUCAGAUUUUCCCAGCACUCUCCACUUGUAUGAGAAAUAAUAUUACAAAAAUAAAAUUAUCUUAUUAGCAACACUAAGUAAAUGUUACCUCCACUCAAUCCCCUACAUUUUCUGUCACAGUCUAGUUAAGUAGUCUGCUGGGAACUGUUGUGAUAAUUAUUUGCAUUGAAUCCUCUCUUCACCCUAAAAGAGAACUUUAAGGUUUUGGUGAUAAUAGGGAGGGAAAUCAUACAAGUACAUAUUUUUUCAAGAGAAUUCAAAUUCAUCACAAUGUUGUAAAAAUUAAAAAGCGUGAUUUUGGUCGGUGAUAACUUCAUUAUCUUAUGUAUACACUGUGAACAUCACUGUGAUGGUUUUUGGACUAACAUAGGAAAAACUACAGUGAGUUGAUUUCAGUGUUUUUUUUGGGCAUCAUCCACUUUUGAUUCCAUGUCUAAGUUUGUGUUGAAAAGUACAGACAGAUACAUCGCAGCAUCCUUACCUCAGAACUAAAUUUUGCUCCACAUGAACACUGCGCUAGGUAGAUUAAAAAAUGCACAAUUUUGGCCCUUUAUGAACACUGAGGACUUGUAAUGACAGUUACAUCGUUCUGAGGUUAUAUUUGAUUAAAAGACUCAAUAUUAUUCCGCUUACAUUAGACUUUCACUUCGGAAUAUGUGUGUCCACCACGUGCUUACCCCUUUGAUUUGAUUUUCACUUUCUGUUUCCUGCUAAUAUCAUGGUUAUUUUUCUGUCAUUACACUGAAAGAUGAUAAAAUAAUGAACUUCUGAUCUCAACAACGUCAGCUUUGUUUGAGGUUUCUAUGUUGGUAUAGUAUUGUAAAUAUGUAGAUACAUUACAAAUAUGACUUAUUUUGUUAAUCAGUAAUUUUACAGUAGCUAACAUGCCAGUGAUUUGAUUAAUGAACUGGGUUCUUAUAAUGUUUUCAGAAGUCUCCUGAUGACAGCCAUUACUCUGAGCUUUAAGCCUGCAUUACUAUCCAGUGGUCAACUAAACUCUUUGUUUUUCUCUACAUUAUAAAAGCCCUGCAUAUUUAUUGUACGCAUACAGUUUUUUGAAGUUUGAAUGGAGAUUUGUAUGACAGAUAUGAAAACACAAGUAUGGUCAACACGUUGCUAAUUUCCUAAAGAACACCAGGUGGACAUUAAGACUGCCCACUACAAAACUUAAGUUGUGGCUGAUUCACCACAAAUCACCUAAAUCUUCAUUUUUAUUCAUAUGACAACACUGCAUUAUAACCAUACUGCUUGCAUGACUAGAAAAAGAUCAGUAAAACAUACUAACUAUCCUGUGAGAUAUAUAUUUUACAUCAACUUUUGUUUUGAUUUAUCCAUUUAGUUUUUUAUGUGUUUUCUUUUCCAGCUUUCAUAUUCAUCUUCUCAUCAACAAGUUAAAUGAAACCUACUAAGUAUCGGCAAAUGCUCUAGCAGUCUUCCAUAAAAACCAACAUUAAGGUGAAAUACCGUCAACAGAAAAGACCUCUCAAAACACUUAGCAUAGCCAUGUCAAAAAAAGAGACAAAGUCCUGCUGUGUUAUGCAAUUUUCUUUGGUCAAACCAACAUUUGGAGUCCUUUUUAGGUCUUGUAUUUUGGGGUGAUUAAGCAUACAGAGCAUACAUACUGUAUCUUCCUCACAGCCUGAGUCUGGUUCUUCUAUGUCCACACAUUCUGGUUAGAGUUUAUCUACAAUUCAGUUGUAGCUGAGAACUUACCACCACCGUUCAGACCAGCCGAAACUAGAAUCACAGUGAAUCCAUGAUGUACGAGAAUGUCUCAGUUUUAAUUUAUUAGAAGACGUAUAUGCUUUUGAAUGCUCUGAAUAUUUUAAAUGUAAACUUUUCUACUGCCUGCUAUGUUCCAGCUAUAGAUAGUAUGCAUAUGAUCAAUCUUUUUUACAUGGCAAAAAACAUGAUUUUCAUUAAAAGAGCUUUUGUCUAUGAAA